AUGUCUACUCCUGAUCUUUUUAAUGAAAUGUCUAAUAAUCUAAGGGAUUCCAAGACCCAGUUAGAAGCUGUGAAUCAACAAUUAUUACACCUUGAAAGACAGGAUAAAAUUACCCAAGUAACAGAAAAAGAGCUAGAAUCGUAUCCUGUGGAUAUUGUAUGGAGGUCUUGUGGUAAGGCAUUCAUAUUACAAAAGAAAAGUCUAUAUAUAAAAGACUUACGUGAAGAUGAAAAUGUAUUAAGGGAACAAAUGAAAAAUCUAAAGAUUAAACAAAAUUAUUUGGAGACAAGCGUAGAAAAGACCGUAGCUAAUAUGAAAAAGGUUUUGGAAAAAACAAAUGUUAAACAAGCACAAUAA